UGCUAAUCAUUUUUGUGUGUGUCUUAUCGUAGAGAAGACACAGACGGUACAUUCCCACCAAAACUACAACAUCCACUGAGAAAGGACAGUUGCAGGAGGAAACUCUGGAUAUACUGGAAUACUGAUUUCCUGCACUUUAACCUGCUGUUUCCACAUAACGAACUGGAAGAGCUACGACUCAAAGUGAAAGUAACUUUCAAGAACGUUAUUCAGUGACUGACUUCCUGUGUUUUCAGCUUUACUCAAAGACAAAAUGUCAUCCAGAUCAGAGGAGGAUCUCUGCUGUCCGGUCUGCCAAGACAUCUUUAAAGAUCCUGUUGUCCUAUCAUGUAGCCACAGCUUCUGUAAAGCCUGUUUACAGAGAUGGUGGCGAGGGAAACAAACAUGUGAGUGUCCGUGCUGUAAGAGAAGAUCCUCCAAGACUGAUCCACCUCGUAACCUGGCUUUAAAGAACCUGUGUGAGGCUUUUUUAAAGGAGAGAGAUCAGAGAGGUGCAGCUGAGUCUGAGAUUCUUUGCAGUCUGCACUCUGAGAAACUCAAACUCUUCUGUCUGGACCAUCAGCAGCCAGUGUGUGUCAUCUGUAGAGAUUCAAAAACACACAACAACCACAGAUUCAGACCCAUCGAUGAAGCUGCACAGGAUCACAGAGAGGAGCUCCAGAAAUCCCUGAAACCCUUACAGGAGAAACUGAAGCUCUUUGAAGAAGUUAGAGGAAACUGUGACCAAACAGCAGAACACAUUAAGGUCCAGGCCCGAAACACAGAGAAGCAGAUUAAGGAGCAGUUUAAGAAGCUUCACCAGUUUCUACAAGAGGAAGAGGAGGCCAGGAUCGCUGCUGUGAGGGAGGAAGAGGAGCAGAAGAGUCAGAUGAUAAAGGAGCACAUUGAGGCUCGGAGCAGAGAGAUAACAGCUCUUUCAGACACAAUCAGAGCUACAGAGGAGGAGCUGAGAGCUGAAGACGUCUCAUUCCUGCAGAACUACAAGGCUGCAGUAGAAAGAGUCCAGCAGCGCCCCCUGCUGGAGGAUCCAGAGCUGAUCUCAGGAGCUCUGAUAGACGAGGCCAAACACCUGGGCAACCUGACCUUCAACAUCUGGAACAAGAUGAAGGAGAUGGUCUCCUACACUCCUGUAAUCCUGGAUCCAAACACAGCAGACCCAGAACUUGUUGUGUCUGAAGAUCUGACCAGCGUGAAAUGUGGAGUGAAACGGCAACUUCCAAAAAACCCGAAGCGGACCAAAUUCCCCUGCUCCAUCCUCAGCUCUGAAGGCUUUGACUCAGGGACUCACAGCUGGGCCGUUGAGGUUGGAGAAAACAAGGACUGGGAACUGGGCAUACUGGGAGAGUAUAUCAGGAUAAACGAGCGCCUACAGACUGGACUGUGGAGAAUUUUGUUCUCUAACGGUAAAUUCACAGCAUUCUCCACGUCAGAUCAAGAGAAAGCUCUGCCAGUGAAAAAGAAGCUCAGGAGGAUCAAAGUUCAUCUGGACUUUGAUGGAGGAAAGUUGUCAUUCUCAGAUCUUGAUACUAACACACACAUACACACCUUCACACACACUUUCACUGACACCCUGUUUCCCUACAUUUACACCGAGAAUCAUGUCCCACUGAAGAUUUUACCUGUGAAGGUCUCUGUGACGGUGAAAAAGCACAAUAAGGAAUUAUAAUAAUAAUGUCGGCAACUGUGCAAAUCAAUGAGCAUGGCUGUGUUAAAGCAAAGGUGUUGUUUUAUUUGGUUAUUAUGUAUGCUUGUUACUGAAGGUGCAGAUUAUUAGGCUCAUAAAAUGUCUAGGAUGGAAAGAUAUAUUAGGAAUAGUGUGCUAUGACUUUUGGUAGCGAUGCUGCAAAUCAUUUAUGCAAAAUUACAGAACAGAUGUACUUUUUUAUAGCAAACAAUGGGAAAUGCAAGGUAUGAUCAUUCAUCGUAGUGUACAUGAUAAGGCUUUAUUAUGCAUUUACAGUUUUGCUGUGUGCUCUGUUAAUUUGCUCUGUGGUAUAGAGUGACUGCAGAAUAUUUGCUUUGGAGAUGUCUAUGUUAAAUGUGAGUUACUAAAAAGGAGUCUUUCAGUA